UAUCCGUGCUUACAGGACACUCCUCGUAACCCAGAAAGGAAGAACAAGGCAAAAAGUCGCGAAAAUUAACGUUUUUGGUGUGCAAACAAGUGAAUUUUGUGUUUCAGGAAAAUUCUCUUUUCCUCACGAAUAUCCCCUCAAGCCGGACAGAGAUUCAUCGCAGUUGAAGAAUUAGGAAGCAAGGAUGUCGUCAUAUUUCACCUAUUUGCAUAACGGUCUGUACAAAGUUCGAAAGGAGUAUAUGCACACCAUAAUGAGUGCCAUGUGGAUCGUUUUGAAUGAUCUAGUGGAUCUAUUUGAGAGGGUAAGGGGAAGAGAGGUGACCGGAAGGAUGAAUGAGGAGCUAAAGAGGCAAACACGUCAAAUCCUCGCAAGAUUCGCUAUGAGUCGAAUUGAGAUUCAACAAUUGAAGGUGAAGCUUGAGGAGGCGGAAACAAAGUACAGGGAUGUCCUUCAGUGUGCUGCACACCUGAAUAUCAAUCAGGAGCCGUUUUUUGCAAGUUUGGCCACAAAAUCCGUCAAAGAUAAGUUCAGUGUGAUUCACUUUGCCAGUGACAUGAGUCAAAUUGCAAAUGCAAUUGAGCAGAGUAUCUAUGAGAUUAUUGAGGAUAAAAAUCUGCAGGGGAGACAGAUUGCUGGUCUUGUGUGGAUGAAGGCGCAAAACUACAAGGAGGAUGUGAGGCUGACCUUCAAUGAGUACCACAAUCAGAUUAUGCUGACACAUGGAGAACCAACGCGUCAGCACGAACCUCGUACUGUCUACAGACUAUAAAAAAGAUAAUAGUCUGAAUUACUUGAAAGAAAACCCCAAAGUUGCUCAAAAGAAGGAUUGUUGAAGUCAAGAAAUGAGCUUAACCUUUGGCUAGAAUUAACCUGAAGUACCACCAAGCCAAUGAAUUUGUUUUCUUUCAAAUCUUAAAACUUUUUAUUUUCAUUUUAAUGUUUAACUUUCAAUCAUUUCAAUGUAUAAUUCUAAAUAAUCACAGAAAAACCAAAGAAUUCGUGUAUUCAGUGAAUUUAGUUUUAUUUAAAAGAAUAAAAACCUUUUUUGUCAUGUUUUUAAUACUGAAAUAAAUGACAAUAAAAAAUUA